ACUCCCGGCCUCGCCCACCAUCCUGCGGGCGGACUGGGCGUGGCCGGAGGGACUAUCCCCAGGCGGCCGGGCCUUUCAUUUGGCCUUGGGGGAGAUGCAGGCGGAGGCGGUCUCCUUCGGCCCUUUGGGCUGAAGUGGCUGCAGGGAUGCAGGGAUGGGGCGGCGGGGUAGCGGGAUGAGUGGAUCCUGUCCUCUCUCCUCAGCCUCGGAUCGUAGCCAGCACACACUGAGGCAGGAAUGGCCCCGAGGCCUCCGAUGGUCACGCCCCAGGAGUCCGUGACAUUCAAAGAUGUGGCUGUGGACUUCACCCGGGAAGAAUGGCACCACGUGGGCCCUGCCCAGAGGAGCUUAUACAGGGACGUGAUGCUGGAGAACUACAGCCACCUGGUCUCUCUCGGUGAGGAGGCUACUUCCCUGCUGGCUCACACGUCCCCUGCUGAGACACCCCACUCUCUUUCCCGCAGCAUAAGGCUUCCGCCGUCUCAUCUGUCCUGUAGCCUUCUGUUUGCUCUGAAAGGAAUUUGGGAACUUUUGCACUUUAUAUUUCUUUUAGACUGGAAGACCAGGCCUGACACCAAGCCGUCAAGUCUUCGGCAGGGCACAUCUGGAGGAUCCCACAGUACAGAUGUUCUGUCACGUGCCACACAGGGAGAUCCCUGGGAUGUCAGGAUCCAGAGGCACCAGGAAAGUUGGGGGAGACGUCUGGGACCAGAGGCAUCGUCCCAGAAAGAAAUAGCCACUCUGGAGACAAAUCUUGAGCAAAAUAAAUUUGACGAAGACUCUAGAUUGAGCACCGACUUGGUCCCACAACUAGACAUGCCUUCAAGUGUAAGGCCCAGUGGAUGUGAAACACUUGGAAAUAACUUGGAGUAUAACUCAGAAUUAGUUACUCGGAAUAGUGUCCUUGCAAAAAAGAAGCCUUAUAAAUGUGACAAAUGUCGAAAGUCAUUUAUUCACAGAUCAUCCCUUAAUAAGCAUGAGAAAAUUCAUAAAGAUGAUGCCUAUCCCAAUGGUACAGACCAAGGCGUCUAUCCUGGAAGGAAACAUCAUGAAUGUACUGAUUGUGGGAAGACCUUCCUCUGGAAAACACAGCUUACUGAACAUCAGAGAAUUCACACUGGGGAAAAGCCCUUCGAGUGUACUGUGUGUGGGAAGGCCUUCAGGCACAGCUCAUCCCUCGGUCAGCAUGAAAAUGCACACACAGGAGAGAAGCCCUACCAGUGUAGUCUCUGUGGGAAAGCCUUCCAACGCAGUUCCUCCCUCGUUCAACACCAGAGAAUCCACACUGGAGAAAAACCCUACCGAUGCAAUCUCUGCGGGCGGUCUUUCAGGCAUGGUACCUCCCUCACUCAACACGAGGUUACACACAGUGGAGAGAAACCCUUCCAGUGUAAGGAGUGCGGGAAAGCCUUUAGUAGAUGUUCUUCGCUUGUCCAGCACGAGAGGACUCACACCGGAGAGAAGCCUUUUGAAUGUAGCAUAUGUGGGAGGGCUUUUGGGCAGAGCCCAUCCCUCUACAAGCAUAUGAGGAUUCACAAAAGAGGCAAGCCUUACCAAAGCAGCGACUUCAGCAUGGCUUUCGAGCCCAAUGCAUCUCUUAGUCAAGGUGAAAGUGCACUUACCGAAGUGAAAUUGCACCAUUGUGAUAACUGUGGGGAAGACUUCAGUCACAUCGCAGACUUCACGGACCAUCAGAGGGUCCAUGCUGGAGAGACGCCCUAUGACGCUGAGCAGUCUGUGUCUCAGCCCGGAGAGAAGCCCUACCAGUGUAAUGUAUGUGGAAAAGCUUUUAAAAGGAGCACAAGUUUCAUAGAGCAUCAUAGAAUUCACACUGGAGAGAAACCCUACGAAUGUAACGAAUGUGGAGAAGCCUUCAGUCGGCGCUCCUCACUGACCCAGCAUGAGCGAACCCACACUGGAGAGAAACCCUAUGAAUGUAUCGACUGCGGCAAAGCCUUCAGUCAGAGCUCAUCCCUUAUUCAGCAUGAAAGAACGCACACCGGGGAGAAACCCUAUGAAUGUAGUGAAUGUGGGCGUGCCUUUAGAAAGAAAACCAACCUGCACGAUCAUCAGAGAAUCCAUACUGGAGAAAAACCUUAUGCUUGUAAGGAAUGUGGGAAAAGCUUUAGUAGGAGCUCAGCUCUUACUAAACACCAGAGAAUUCAUGCACGAAAUAAACUGUAGGAAACCGAAAAUUAUGGAACGGGUAGGAAGCUUUGUCUAAAGUACUGUCCCAAUCUAGUAUCAGGAUUCUGAAAGUUUGGAAAUGUAAAUAUGUUUUUGUAUCCUGCAUAUGGAGAAAACUGUGCCAAGAGACAGGUUUUUUUUUUAAAUAAACGCCACUCUUUUAUAUUUGA